AUGGAGGGACAGAUCAGCUCCGAAGAUCACUUCACACAGUUCACCUACACCUCCCCACCACAGAAGAUUGCCUGCGGCAUCAACCACAGUAUUUGUGUCUCCAAUUUGUCUACUCCAUCCUCGUACAUCACCGACCACACGGCGCCUCCUGUCUUCGGAUGGGGUCGCAACGUCUACAACAUUUGUGGCUUCGGGGAACAGGUCCACCAAGCCAGCAUCCCAACGAGAAUUGAGUGCCACGACUUUGCCAAAGGCUCCGGGAUUUAUGAGGUCUCCUGCGGGAACAACCACAGUCUUUUCCUGCGGAAGCACCGCCACAGUCCGGGAGGCGAUGUGUUAGGCUUGGGUCUUGGGAACCGUGGCCGGCAGGGCUCCCCGAACCCCAAUGCUGACGAUGAUGAUACGCCUGAGGUGGAGGACAUUUGGUUUGUGGAAAGCCCCACAAAGGUUCCGAUCACCGAUGUUCCCAUUGCCCGGGUGGUUUGCGGAGCUGAUCAUAGCCUUGCACUGGACUUGAAUGGUAUCCUUUAUGCUUGGGGGAUGAACAACGAUGGUCAAUGCGGAGUUGGGCGGCGAAGCGACGUGCUAGUUCCUGAACGAGUUGUUUUGCCACAGCAGAAAAGCGGGCAGGUGCUAGUGGCCCACAUGGCAGGCGGAGGUAGGCAUUCCAUGCUGGUGACCGCCAAGGACGGCAGCAUGGGAAGCACCUCCGGUGGCAAGGUCUAUGUAUGGGGCUGCAACUCAGAUGGACGCCUAGGCUUGGGCCAUGACCGGAACGAGCUGGUCCCGGUCUUGGUGGAAUCAGUCCAAAAUACCAAGAUGUCCUUGGUGGCUGCUGGGGAAGUUCACAGUGGUGCAGUGGACGUCAAAGGAUCUUUGUACAUGUGGGGUCUCGGCGCUUAUGGCCGCUUGGGCUUGGGAGAGGUGAUGGAUGUGCCACUGCCAAGGAGGAUACAGAUUCCGGAUGAGGCUCCGGUCUCCCAACUGGCUUUGGGGAUUUUCCACAGCGUCGCUUUAGCGGGAAACCGAAUCCAAUCUGUCUAUACCUGGGGCUAUGGCGAAGCCUUAGGGAACCAGGUUGGCGGUGGGAUUUCCUUAUCUCCCCGUGUUGUCUCCUUCGGUGACGACACCAAAACACAGGUGCUCCAGAUUGCUGCUGGGCCGUACCACACUUUGGUGUUGAUGGAAAAUGGGGAGCUCAUGACCUUUGGUUCUGGGGCCAGCGGAAGGCUAGGAACAGGCAAUAGCAAAAACCAUAAGUUGCCCGUGAGCCUCGGAUCGCACGGCUUUGCCACGAAGCUGAAGCAAGUCUCGGAAGAAGGGGAGAAGGUGGUCCGAAUGCCUUCUGGGCGUUUGGUGAAGUCAAUUGGUUGUGGUCGUGAUCACUGUAUUGCGGUGACCUACGACGGGAAUGCCUAUGCUUGGGGGAAAGGUGACAAGGGCCAGCUGGGCGUGGGCCGAAAUGAAGACACUGCCACGCCCAAAGCAGUGCAUAUCCACAACGUUCUUUCCUGCGCUGCGGGUGAGGACCACAGCGGCGCGAUUUGCAGAGGAGAAGAGGACAACGAGCUGUGGAUGUGGGGCGCCACAGAGCUGGGCAAGUUGGGCCUGGGCGAAGCACAGCUCACCUCGGCGGACAGUGUGCCGGUGGCCAUCCGGUCCUUAGCGAAGAGCGAGAACUCCUACAAGGUGCCAAUCUCUUUGAGUUGUGGACAGUACCACACGGCAGUGAUUUGUGCUCGUGAGAAGGAUGACGAGAGCGACCGUGUAGCUGGGCGGGUCUGGACGUUUGGCGCUGGUUGGUUUGGACGCCUUGGCCACAACAACAUGGAGAACCAGUACGAGCCCAAAAUGGUCAGCAGUCUCGUGACCAGCAUCCAGUCUGUACAUUGUGGAGCCUACCACACCUGUGCUCUGAGCUAUGAGAGAGGCAUGAUGAAUGACAACGGAGAGCUGACCGGCGAUCUAUGGGUUUGGGGUCGCAAUCGAUGUAUUUGCGAACAUGAGCAUGCCAAGGUGCCGACAAAAUUCAUGCAGAUUGAUGGCCAACCAAAGGUGACAUGUGUUGCAACUUCAGACAUGACCACCAUGCUGGUGACUGCAGCAGGACUCGUCUAUGCCUGGGGGGGACAACCGCCAUGGUCAGAUCGGCUUGGAAGGUGGGAAGAAGGAGUCGCCUCAGCCCGAGAUCAUCCGGAAUCUCCCACAGCCCCCAAUCUUGAUGUCGGCCGGGCCAGCGCACAUGGUGGUCUACGCCAGGAACAAGGCCAUGAUGGCAUGGGGCAACCAGAGCUGUGGACGCCUAGGAUUGCAGGAGAAGCGGAUGGAGAAGGUGAUCUUCAAACCUUGCCUGGUGCGUGCAGAAUGGGGCUCCAUUGA